AUGCAAUACCUCAUCUUCUUCGCACACGUCCACGAGGACUUCCGACUUCCCGAGCUCGACGCCCUCGCCAAACUUGAGGGUAUCGACGUCGAUUUGAGCGCCUACACGAACUCCUCACCAUUCCUCGUCGUCGACCUUCCAGAUGAGGAGACUGCGAAGCGCCUGGUGAAGCGUGCCGUUCUUGUACGAGCUAUCUACGAGCUCUGGGGUGAGGCACCGACAUUAGAGGCGUUACACGAUGUCGUGAAAACACGCGCUGCGGAAUACGGGUGGUUCGAGGCAUACAGAACCGAUACGUUUAAAUACGAGGUCGAGAUCUUUAACCAUACGAGGCCUGUGGAGGAACAUGUUGAGAUGAUCAACUCGUUCCGGUUUACGGGAUUCGAGGGGAGGAUCAGAAUGAAAGGUGCACAACAGAUCUACGCAAUAUUCGAGGAAUGGACAAAACCCAAGGCGGGACCUCAUACAAUCGACCCAACACACAAGCUCGUACGAGUUUUUAACGGAAGAUUGGUGAGUGUAGGAAAUCGAGAAGCAAUACAUAUGUAUGAUUUGAAGAAAAGGCAGUAUUUGGGGACCACGAGUAUGGACGCGGAACUGAGUCUGGUUUCGGCGAAUAUGGCGCAUGCUACGCCUGGAAAACUGGUAUACGACCCCUUUGUUGGAACUGGGAGUUUUUUGUUUACGUGUGGACACUAUGGCGCGAUGACCUUCGGGUCCGACAUCGACGGUCGACAAAUUCGGGGAGGGGGGAAGAAACGUGCGGGUGGAGUAUUGGCAAAUAUCAAGCAGUAUGGCCUGAGCUCGAAUUUCCUAGACUGUUGUACCUAUGACAUCACACAUAACCCCCUACGAAAGGGUGUGAGAUUCGAUGCGAUCGUGUGUGAUCCGCCAUACGGUGUCCGUGCCGGCGCGAAGAAACUGGGAAGGAAGAACGAUGAGGAGUUGAGGACCGAACCCAUACUCUUGAGGAGCGGGAUCUAUAGCCACGAACAGCCCGACUACCACCCGCCCAUGAGGCCCUACGAACUAAGCGAAGUUAUGGUCGACCUCCUCGGAUUCUCCGCAACCCGACUCAACGACGGCGGACGACUCGUCCUCUGGCUCCCCACCGUGACGGAUGAGUAUCAGGAUGUGGACAUCCCCACGCAUGCGAACAUGACGCUCUUGUAUAACUCUGUACAGGAUUUUGGGAAGUGGGCGAGAAGGUUGUUGACGUAUGUUAGGCAUCCUGCACAUGCGGAUUUUAGGGAGAAAUACUUUAAUAGGUUCAGGAAGGAUCCUGAGGCAGGGGAGGUUGAAGAGGUAGCGGACAGAUUGAAAGAAGAGACGUUGAACUAG